AUGGCAGUGUUCACCUCGCCGUCAGCAGACGCCCCGUCCCAUUUGGAAGACAUCGCAGCUUUCAUUACAGAAGAAAUGAAAAAAAAGAUAGAGCUUCUGACGAAAAAAAUUGAAGAGGAGAAUAAGAAAAAACUUGAAGAUCAAAAGAAAAAAUUUGAAGAGGAGACGAAAAAACUUAAAGAGAAGACGAAAAAACUUGAUGAGGGGACGAAAAAACUUAAAGAGGCGACGAAAAGACUUAGAGAGGAGACGAAAAAACUUAGAGAGGAGACGAAAAAACUUGAUGAGGAGACGAAAAGACUUAAAGAGGCGACGCAAAGACUUGACGAGAAGACGAAAAAACUUAAAGAGGCGACGAAAAAACUUAAAGAGGAGAAUAAGAAAAAGCUUCUAAUAAAGCUGAAGAAAAAGCAGCUAGCAAUGACUACAAGAUUCGCAAAGGUUAUGGUUGGACUCGGCGUUGUGGUUGGACUCGCGUUAUCUUCUAUGAUGCGAAGCUUCCAAUGA